UAACGUUACCUGACCAGACCUGAUCCGACGAUCAGCAGUGAUCGUAAGCGCAAAGUGACAAACGUUAGGUGCGCACUCGGAGCAAGAACGAAUCCGACGGAACUCUGACACGCGUUCAAUUGAAUGAUUCGGCCGUGCUCGCGUCGCAGCGUGGACGCGAAUUAUGGCGCACCGUAAAAAGACAACGAGUCACGACGAGUCUUGCCAUCGAUCGUCGCCGUCGUCGUCGUCGUCAUUACGGAAAAGCUCGAAGCACCACAUCGCCGAGACCGAGGUCGUCUUUUCGACAUCCUCCUCAUCCGACGAGGAAGUGGCCGCCGUUUGUCGCAGCGGGCGUAGAAACUCGUCGCCGUCGGAUCGUUUCGUUAGGAACCGCAACGAUGUCGAACAGCCGAUGUCGACAGGUCAGGAGAGUCGAGAACGUCGCGAGAGCAAUCCCUUUAGUUUCAAGGUCUUCUUGAAGAAUGGCACGCAGACUACCAAUUAUCACAAUACCGGAGCGCGACCGAAGGUAUAUUACACACCAGCGUCGAGUCCCGGCAGCCACGAGGCUAAGGAGACUGGUGUCUACUCCUCCCGAAAUCCGACAGAACUGCCAGACUUUGUGCAGGACCACUUGGUCAUAGAGCAGUGUUAUCUGAAUCAUGCUCAGCCAGCCAAUCAGCAGGUGCUGCUUGAUGUGGAUAAUCUUCCGGAUUUUGCCUUAAACAGUAUGGAACAAAGGCAGUCGCGAUUACGGAACGAAAGUAGCAAGAGGGAUGAUUCCAAUGUACUAUCUGACUUGCCGUUUGACCUCACCGGCAUGCUGGACAAGGGUCUGCCUCACAGAGAUCACUCGACAUCAAGUGUGAUGCAUUCGAAUCACUUAGGUUUAUCCACCUUUGAAAGAUGUCCCAUCGGUGUGCCUGUUCAUCGCCCCGAGCCAACAGGUAUUUGUACAGAUUUUCCGUUUGAUUUGCCACUGCCUCUACCUAACGAAUCAAAUCCGAAUGUAAAUGCGACCACACGAGACGGACCGUCAGGAGGUGAGACGAGUGUUCAUAAGUCUUUGCCGGAUUUCUUAAGUGAUGGUCCAAUACAUAACAGGACGACGGAUCCAGAACCCGGUCCGGUCAUGGCGGAAUCCAUGGAAAGAAGACUUUUGCUCGAAAACGAAAGGUUACGUCAUGAGUUGGAUGUGGCACGAAGACAAAUUAGCGAGAAGACAGAUAGGAUUCGCUCGUUGGAGGUAGAACUGUUGUCGAGGGAACAAAUCGAGCACGAGGAGGCUGCACACUUGGAGAAGGCAAUGGAACAAGUUGAGGAUAACUUGAAGCAGAGUACAAAGAGAGCGGUCAGCGCCGAGACUACUGUUACAUCAUUGAAAAAGGAGAUUAAAGCCUUAACGACAGAGAUAUCCCUCUUACGACUGGAAAACAGUGAACUUCGGGCCGGUGUUGCAGCAGCAGGACAAAGGGAGCCGAAGACAACUGCUGCUAAUACAAAUAAUACCGUCAGGAGACUCGCCCGGGAUUUAUUCGCGGCUGCAUCAUCGGCCGAAGUAUCUCUCAGACAACUAAUGUCCGGUGUGGACAAUCUACGAGUUCUCGCAUCGACUUUAGAGAACGUGGAUAGGAUAGAAGACUGGACCAAAGACUUUUUACCUGACUUUGAGGAAGACAAUGCCACCGGUCCCGCAGUAUAAUGAGACUCCUCUCUCUCUCUCUUUCUCUCUCUCGGACACAUAUAUUGUAUACAUUCGUAUUUUCGCACUAUCUCAUUUUGUCAUUUCUCCAUGUAUCCCGUCGAUACCUCCAAGUCAAGCGUUUCACCGUGAUUAUUGUUGCUCGAAGACACCUUUUAAUCCUUCGUGUCUAAUACCGAACGUUCAAACAGAUUCGCAUAGUCGCAUAAUGCGUGCGCAUGAAGUGCAUCAAGCGAUUAUGCUUGAGGCUUAUGAUUAGCCUAACAUGUAAGGAUAUGAUAUUGUUCUGUUGUAUAAACAGUCGAUUGAUUUUUUUCUUGUG